AUGGAGGUUCCCAAAUGCAGCUCACAUUCCUACCCCAAGUUGUGGUCCCGGCUUCGGGCACUUGCUUGCCCUUCUUGGAGAUCAGAGAAGAACAGUGAAAGCUACACUACAUCUCUUCAUUGUGAGGCCCUAAACAACUAUAAGGAAGUGGACACACAGCCUUCUACCAACAGUAUUCUAGUCUCUCUGUACAAACAUCAGCCCCGUCUUUCAGCAGCUUCCGUAAGUGCAGUAGAAUAUAGCUGUGAGUUUGGCUCUCUAAAGUAUCUGAUACUGUGUUCCCUGGGUGGUGUUGUGAGCUGUGGACUGACUCACACAGCUGUAGUGCCACUAGAUGUGGUGAAAUGCCGGAUGCAGGUGGAACCUAAACGUUACCGUGGACUUGUGCAAGGCCUUACUCUUACUGUGCAAGAGGAGGGAAUGCAUGGUCUGGUCAAAGGAUGGGCCCCAACAGCCAUAGGUUACUCUAUGCAAGGACUUGGCAAGUUUGGCCUUUAUGAGACCUUUAAGAUACAUUAUGCUGAACUGUUGGGUUCUGAACGUGCUUAUCUGUGGCGGACCAGCCUCUACCUGGCUGCCUCAGCCAGUGCUGAGUUCUUUGCUGACAUUGCUCUGGCCCCAAUGGAAGCAGUCAAGGUACGAAUUCAGACCCAGGAAGGCUAUGCCAACACACUGCGGGAGGCAGCUCCAAAGAUGUUCAUUGAAGAGGGGCUGUGGGCUUUCUACAAAGGAGUGGCUCCACUCUGGAUGCGCCAGAUCCCUUAUACCAUGAUGAAGUUUGCCUGUUUUGAACGAACUGUAGAGGCUCUCUAUAAAUAUGUCAUGCCCAAGCCCCGUGAUCAGUGCACCAAAAUGGAACAACUUGGAGUCACCUUUGUUGGUGGUUAUAUUGCUGGCAUCUUUUGUGCUAUUGUCUCACACCCAGCUGACUCUGUGGUCUCUGUGCUCAACAAAGAAAGGGGCAGCACUGCUGUUGAAGUCCUCAAGAGGUUGGGCAUGUAUGGCAUCUGGAAAGGCCUCUUUACCCGUAUCCUGAUGAUUGGUACCCUCACUGCCCUACAAUGGUUCAUUUAUGAUUCAGUUAAAGUGUACCUCAAGCUCCCUCGGCCGCCACCACCUGAGAUGCCUGCCUCUUUGAGAGAGAGUUUGUCAUUAAAAUAG